AUAGCCCUGGUAAAAGAAGAUGAUGCCACUAACUGGUCUUGUAAAAUAGACUAUUCAGAUAUUGCGAUACCCCCCAGUAAGAGACUCAGAAUACCCGAUCUAUCGGUCGACAUUAUCGUGGCAUUCACCGACAUAUUUCUGGGUCUGGGCUUUCAUAUAAUGUGUGCGAUUACCGACGCCGAUGGUUUUGGUAUUAUAGCGAGUAAAGUGAAGUUCAUUAAAGUAGUCAGCAUCGGCGCUGAAGAGCCCGUCUUUAUGCUGCAGAACGGCUCGAAAUGUUCAGAACAUAAUAAAAUUCCAGGCUAUACAGCCAAAUGCGGGAAAGGGACGCACGACGUCAACACGGAUGAUAAGAUCUACAUCUUGCGGAUAGCCCAGGUAAAGGAAGAUGAUGCCACUGACUGGUCUUGUAAAAUAGACUAUCCACAUAUUGCGAAAUCCCGCAGUAAGAGAUUCAGAAUAGCCGCUGUCAACUUGACCAUGUCAGCGAAAUCCAAAGAGACUGUGAUGAAUAUGUCAUUUACUCUGACUUGUAAGCUGGAACUCCCUACUCCUGGUGUUGUUAGAGGUACAAUUCAGAUUUUGAGGGACACCCAAAUCUUCGCUAAACUGUUGCAAGAAGGCCCGAAUUGCAGAGUAAUCACCGGAAAUUCUAAGGAGUAUAACUACAAGUGUGGGAAUGGAACGAAGCAAUACCAGUCACGUGUUAAAAUCUACAUUAUGGAGUUCGUACGUCUAGCACCCCGCGAUAAAGCGGACUGGCUUUGUCGUAUAGAAAAUGGUGACAAAAGCAACAUAUUUUCUAUGUCGGAAUUUAGUAAGUAUUGUUAUCAUGCAUUCUAGUGCAUUCAGCUGAUAGAAGGGAUGAUAGCAAGCCUACCUAGAAAAGUGCCCAUUUCUUUGGUUUAGUGGUCUCGUCUUCCAAGUGUCAGACGACCAUUGCUACUUGUUGUUUAUUUCUCAUUAUACUCGUGACGUCAUAUAUCAGAUAUUAAAAACUGGCUAAAUUAAAUUGUAAACUGAUGGCGAGUGUGUUCUGUACUGUGAUUGGUUAAUUAAUAAGCUAAUGACAUCUUUAGAAAGUGACGUCAUUAGCAAUUGGA